AUGUCAAUGAAACUAGUAACAGCAAUCUUAGCCUAUUUUCUAGUUCGCAUCGUAGUCGGUGCAGCAGCUUCUGAUGAUGUUGGGUUCAUCUAUCAGGGAUUUCAGUCAUCAAAUCUAAGCCUGGAUGGAUUAGCCAAUGUCACCGAUAAUGGCCUCCUACGGAUAACCAACAACACCAAAUCACAAAGUGGGCAUGCCUUCUAUCCUAAUCCCAUCAACUUCAAGAGCACAUCUAAUAGUUCAGCUUUCUCCUUUUCCACCCAAUUUGUGUUUGCUAUAGUACCCGAUGUCCCUGGACUGAUUGUUUCCGGAUUGGCAUUCGUGAUUGCACCAACAAGAAACCAUAAAGGAGGGCCUAUGUCACGGUUCAAUAUUAUGGAAACUCUCGGCCUCUUUGAUAGACCCACCAACGGAAGUCAGAAUAAUCACGUUUUUGCUGUGGAGCUUGACACUUUCCAAAACCAAGAUUAUGGUGAUAUCAAUGCCAACCAUGUUGGUAUCGAUAUUAACUCUGUGAGGUCCAAGGUAUCAAGGCCAGCAAGUUACCAAGCUAAUAACAAGAUUUCAUUUGACAACUUAACUCUUAGCAGCGGUCAACCGAUGCAACUUUGGGUGGAAUACGAUGGGAUUGAUGGGAGAAUCGAUGUUACGUUAGCCCCAAUAGCGGCCGCCAAACCACAUACUCCUCUUUUGUCUUUGACAUAUGACCUUUCGCCGAUUUUAGUGCAAAACAUGUAUGUUGGCUUUUCUGCUGCCACUAGCCCAGUAGAAAGAGGAACAUCUCAUUUUAUACUUGGAUGGAGCUUUAGGAUGAAUGGUGUUGCGCAAGCUCUUGAUCUCUCUCGGCUCCCCGAGCUACCUCGGUCUGGACACAAGAAAGUAUCUAAACUUUUCACCGUGGGAUUGCCCCUGAUUUGCAUAACUUUUUCAUUAAUACUAAUAUCUGGAGUAGCUUAUUAUCUAAGGAGAAAGUGGAAGUUUGCUGAAGUGCUGGAAGAAUGGGAGCUUGCUUACGGACCUCACAGGUUCAAGUAUCAAGAUUUGUACAUUGCCACGAAUGGAUUCACAGAAAAGCAGCUGUUAGGAAAAGGCGGAUUUGGCAGGGUCUACAAAGGCGUUUUGCCAACAAACAAUCUUGAGGUUGCUGUCAAGAAGGUCUCUUAUCAUGCAAGACAGGGAAUGAGAGCAUUUGUUGCAGAAAUCGUCAGUAUUGGUCGAUUGAGUCAUAGAAAUUUAGCACCGUUGUUGGGUUAUUGCCGGCGUAAAGAAGAGUUACUCUUGGUAUACGAGUUCAUGUCCAAUAGUAGUCUGGACAGGUUUCUGUACAACCAACCAAAGUACGCUCUCAACUGGAGCCAAAGAUUUCGAGUUAUCAAAGGUGUAGCGUCAGGAUUAUUCUAUCUACACGAAGAAUGGGAGCAAGUAGUGAUCCACGGAGAUGUAAAAGCCAGUAAUGUAUUGUUAGAUGGUGAACUGAAUGGAAGAUUAGGAGAUUUCGGUCUGGCAAGGCUAUACGAUCAUGGAACUCUCCCUCAAAGCACCCAUGUAGCUGGAUCUCUUGGCUACCUUGCCCCUGAGUAUAGUAGGACAGGGAGGGCCACAACAAGCACUGAUGUAUAUGCUUUUGGGGCCUUUUUGCUGGAGGUUGCCUGUGGAAGAAGGCCAAUAGAACCCCGAGCAGAACCAGAAGAGAAUAUCAUUUUGAUUGAUUGGGUAUUUUCGUGCUGGAAAGCAGGUUGUAUACUCCAGGCAGUUGAUCAUAAUUUGGGUAAUGAGUAUGUGAAAGAAGAAGCGGAAUUGGUGUUGAAACUGGGCUUGUUAUGCUCUCAUUCAGAACCAAAGAUUAGGCCAAGUAUGAGACAAGUUCUGUUGUACUUGGAGGGAUCAGUUGCCUUACCAGUACGGGGCUUUUCUGCUGUUGAUCUUGGCUUCGCCCAUCCUGCUGUUGGAGCUUCCACAGACAAUUGUUUCUCACAUUCUGUAGUAGACUCUGUUCUCUCUGGCAGUCGGUAACUUUACUAAAUUUAGGAAAAUAAAAGUGCUUAUUUUGUUGAGUGCAUUUUUAUUAUCUUUCUACCCACG